AUGCAGAAAAUUAAAAGUUAUAUAAGCAAACUUCUAAAUGAUGAUCAUGUAUGCUUUGAUCAAUCAUACUAAUUCAUAUUAUUUGUUCGGAUGUUUUAAUUUCUUCAAUACUUGGCAAUUACAUUAUAAGAAAUUAAUGAUAAUGAAAAAUAGGUUGAUGGGCAUUUUUCAAUAUUCUUUUAAAUUCUAAAAUUAUCAAUUUUAGACAUUAAUUUUCUUCCAGAUUAUAUUGGAUUUAUUACAACAUUUUUCAAUAUUGCAGUGUUAGUACUAUUCAUAUUAUAAAUUGUGUACUUUAAAAGAACAUUAAUAAUUUUGAUGAGAGGACUUAUAGGUUAUUUAGCAUAAUUACCUUAAAUUAUGUGCUUUUUAUUUGUAUCAUCAAGUUUUCGAUCUUUCAUUUUAAAAGAAGACACAAACAUUAUAAUUUACAUAUGGGCUAUCUGUGAUGUUACUUUGAUAUUUAGUUUAUCUUUAAUCUCAUGCAUUUUAUUUAAAAACAUUAGUUUUAAUCAAUCAACUUACACAAGAGACCAAAGUUUAAUGAAAAUAAUUUCUUAGAUUUUUUAAUUUAUUACAUAAAUAUUAUAUUUUUAUGACGAUAGAGAAGAAAUUUUAAUACUUAAAUAACUUUCAGCUUUAUUGUGGAUAGGAUUGGAAUAAAUUGAUAUAUAUUUAUAUAUGCCUUAUAGUUUAUAUGAUAGCAAAUUAAUUUUUACAUUAAAUUAAAUAAAAUUUGGAUGCAAUUUAAUUAAUUUAAUCUUAAAUAAUUUGUCUGAUAUUAUAGAAACAACCUUUUCAUAAUACAUAUAUUAUUUUAUAUUUUCAUCCAUGUGUUUUUACUUAGGAGAGACAUUUUAUUAAAGAUUAUUUUACGCAAAAGGAUUAGAUACAUUUACUAAAUCAAGUUAAAAAGAUUAGCAUUUAUAAAUAAAAGUGUUGAGAUAAUUUUAAAUAUAAGCCUAAUUUACAUUAAGUUAAACUGAAAAAUUAUUACAAAUUGGAAUGGUGAAUUAACACAUUAUUCAUUGCAAUAGAUAAUGUAGAGUAAUAAAUUUAUUUUAUUUUAAUUAGUCUCAAGAUAGUUCUGAUGUAAUAACAUGCAUUAUUAAUUAUUAAGUAUCAAAUAAAGAGGAGGAAAAUCUAUUUUUAUUUAAGAUCUAAUACUUGGCUUUUCAAAAUAAAUAAUAUUCUUAAAGUUUAGCUAGGAUUAAACAUUAUUAAAUUAAAUAUAAGUAAGAACUAUCAUGGUAUUUCAAUUUAGUUUAAAUUGAAAUUUCUAAUAAAUUAAGAUAAGAAAUAACAAAAUAGCAAUUUUAAAAAAUAUUGGAAUCAAAUUCUACUUAUGUUAAUUUCACUUCUGAUGAUUUAGUUCAUUUGGAUGUUCAAUCAGAUAUUUUAAUUCCAAUUAUUAGAAAAACCUUAUCAGCUAAACUAGAUGUUUGGAAAAAAUUACUUAAAGGAUUCUCAUCUGUUAAAUAAUUAUAAUUAGAAUUAGUUAAAUUAGCCUAAGAAUUAGAAUAAUUACGAAUAAAAUUUAAACUAAUUAUAAACAGAGAUGUAUACGAAGUGAAUAUUUCUUAAGUUAACAAUUUAUAUCAUCUAAGAAUGUUAUCAUUAUAUUAUUCAAUAAUCAUGAACGAUUAAUUACAUUCAUUUUUAUGUGAAAAACAAUACUAUUUAAUUUAUAGUUAUGAAUAAACCUUACAAUAAGAUUAAUUAAACUCAAUAGCCUUAGUUUUAGAUAAGGUUUCUAUAGUUACAGUAAGUUUAGUUUAAAGUUUAGGAUCAAUAUUAAACACUAACAAAUAGUAAUUAGGACAUAUGUUCAAUUAUAAAAAAUCAGAAGAAUUUUAAAAUAUAAACCAUUUAAAUUAAUUAAUGCCUGAUUUUAUGGCUUAAUUUCAUAAUUAAAUGUUGUCCAAUUUUUUAAUUAAAGGAGAUUCUCCUUUUAUGCAUUAGUUUCGUUUGAUUUUUGGAAAAGCAAAAGACAAUUUCAUUUUUCCAUUAUAUUUGAAAUUAGCUAAUGAUUUUAGUUAUUAGGAUGAUUAUGUGAUAAAAGGUAUAUUCUUUUCUGGGGUGAAAAAAUAUGAUUAUCUCUUAUUUGAUAGCAAUGGAAGAAUUCUUGGAAUUACAAGAUAAAUUUAUUAUGAUCUUUUCGCAGAUAAUAAUAAUAAUCAUGAAAAAAUAGAAUUAAGUUUAUUAUAUGAUUAAUGCUUUCUUUAUUAUUUUAUGCCUGAUUUAUUUGAUAUUGUAAAAAGAUUUUAAUAAAGGCAAAAAGAUAGCGCUGACAAUAUUAUUUUUUCCGAAGAUACUAUCUUUGUAUCUUAUAAUGAAAUUUAAGAAUUUCAUGAUAUGUUUUAAUAACAAAUGAGAUUUAUUGUAAAGGAUUUUAAUAGUAUGAUGGGUUAUAAGAAAAAAUAAUCAUUAUAAAGUAAAGAAUUAUUAUAAUAUAAGUUCGAUAAAGUACAAUAUAAAAUUAAAAAGAUCUUAAUUCUUAAAUACUUGAAUUAAAUUUAUUAAAUGAUAAUUAUGCAAAGGCAGUUAAAGAGUUUAUUAAUCAAAAUGUAAAAUUAAAAGUUAUUACUUAGGUUACAUCAUAAAAAACUUGUUUUGUACGAUUUACAUUAUAAUUCUAAAAGUAUUAAAAUGAUGGAUAUUAUAUUAUGUAAAUAUCUGACUAUAGAAAACAUAAUUUUGGAGAAUUAGCUACAGAAUUGUAUGCAUUAUAAGAUGCUGAUUCUACAAUGAAAAAAUCAACCUUAAGACACUUAAAGGGUAAAUUUUAACCACAAUAUACUAGAUUUAAUAAUUUCCAAAAGAAGGUAUGGAGAUUUACAAGCAUACUAAAAUAUACAUAAGAAACGUUAAAUGUAUUAGAGAUAGCUAGUUUCCAUAAAUUAAACUGAGAUAUUGAUGACUCAUCAAUUUUCUUCUGCAUUUUAAACACCUAAGACUUGUUUUUUUAAACCAGAAAUAGCAUUAAAUUCAGAAAUGGAAUCUGUUUAAGAAAUUCGUAAUUCUAGUUCAGAAGAAUCCAAAUUUUUAGAUGAAUUUUUAUCUGAUGAUGAAUCAAAGAAAUAAGGAUAAAAAAUAGAGAAAAAAAUUUAAUCAUUUAGCAAGACCAAUAAUUUUACUGAAAAUGAAUAAAAUCCAAAUUAAUCAUAAAAUUCUAGUGCUAUAUCUAAAGCAUCUAACAAUUAAUCUUACUUUUUUUAAAUAGUUUUUAAAUAAAAGGGAUAAUUGCCCAGAAAUAUUAUUAUCUUAUGGAUUAUUGUAUAUUGUAUAAAUUUAAUCAGUUUAGUAGGAUUUGGCUUUUCAAAUUAUCAUUUAAUUUCUAAUUACUAAUAAUAAUAGUUGUAAUCUGAAUAAUUUAUGGGUCCUAUUAAAUUUAAUAGAUAUUUUUGUAAAACUCUUGCCCUUAGUUGGACUUUCAUUUUAACAAAAUACAAUAUAUUAAAUAAUAGCUAAUUCUUAAAUUAAUAAAAUUAAUAUUAAUUUAAAUUACUUGAUUAAUUUGUUUUUUCAAAUUUAUCGUAACUAUAUCCAGUAUUUAUAUAAAUGGAAUAAGAUGGGACUAUCUCAAACAUGACUUUAAAAUAUUCGAUUAACAAUUCUGAAAUGGUUGAAUUUACAAGAUUAUUAAAUUUCUUAGAAGAAGUAAUUCAUUAUUUAGUAUAAAUUGGUUAUUUUGAGAGUGACAAUUUUGUAAAUUUUAUUAACCAAGAGUAUAUAGAAAAAGCCUUCAUUAUUAAAUACAACUUACCAGAGAUAAUAAAUAUCAACUAUAAUUUAAUGAACUAACUUAAUGAAAAUUCCAUUAAAGCUUAAGAAUUUGAAAGUACUAUUUUUAUAACAGAACAUUUGGUUCAUACUGUAAUGAUCUUCUUUAUAAUGAUGAUACAAUUGUUUUAAUGGAAUAACAUUGAAUAGUAAAAUAGAAAUUUAGCCUUAUUAGUUGGUAGGAUUAAGGAAUAUGAAGUGGAAAAUGAAAUCUGUAAAAAUAAUAUCUAUUAUUUAAAGAAAGGGCUUAUAAUAUAUAUAUUGCACUCAAUAUUCAAGCUGGAGAGGAUUCCUGGAAGCGUUACAAUUAUUAUAAUUAUGGAUUUUAAUAAGAUACAUCUAUUUAUUAGCCUAAAUAGAAAUUGAGUAUCAGUUAAAAAUUACAAUUUGGUUCACAAAUGUAAAAAAGUGUAAGAAAUUUUAAUACUAAAAUAAAUUUGUUUUCUCAUUUAAUGAAAAUAUUAGUAUUUGUAUUGAUAUAUUAAGCAUAUCUUUGGGGAGGCUACUAAUUAUAAAACAGCUAAAAUAAUAGGCUUUAACCUUUAAAUAAUUUAUUGGUAGAGUUUGCAUUAUUUAGCACUAAAUUAGAUAAUUUAGCAAGCUGUGCUAUAAUUAUAAAAACUUAAUUUUUAAUUGAAGAGAAAUUAAUAAAGGAAGGAUUGUAUAAAUAAAAACAACUUGAAGAUAGAUAAGAAAUAAUCCAAUUAUUUAGCAAUAUCUAUGAUGAAAUAGCUGUAUCUUUUGCCUAACUAUAUGAAUAAAUAAUUAAAGAUUUAUAAUUAGAUAAUUAAAUGGAAGAAGCUUAAGGCUUAUUACAUUCAGAUAUAUGUUUAUAUUUGAGUUCUCUAUUACCAUUUUGUGAUUUGAAAUAGAAAUAAAAUUAUCAAGAAUUUAUUAAGAAGUAUGGUUAAUAUUAUGCACAAGAUGACAAUUCUGAAUAUUUUGCUCAAGGAAUUCUAUCUUUGGUAACAUAAAUGCAGUAAUUCUAUAAAUAAAAUUAUGUUAUUUAAAUUUAAUUAGAAUAAUAAGAAUUAAAUUCAACUGAACUUUUAGACUUUCUGAAUAGUUAGGAGUUUAAUGUUAUAAUAUUAAGUCAUUUUAGAGAUACUUAUUAAUGUUUUGUUAGAUUUUUAGAAUUAUUAGAAGAUAAUAUAUUUUUAAUGAGGAGAAAAAAUUUAUCAAGCAUACUAAUUUAUUAUAAUACUAUUAUAAUAAUAUAUUUGAUUGUUUUUUUGCUUUAUUAUUCUCAUUGGAUAGGAAACAAUACAAAGGUGAUGAGAAAUAUAAAAUUGGCAUUAAUUGCAAUUCCACAUUUUCAGUUGACAAGUGAUCCUAUUAUUAAUAUUUUGAAAAGAUAUUAAUGA